UACGUAAUCAUUGUCAAGUAAAUAUGUAAAUUGUUGCUGAAUUCCAUUUGUUUUAAGUUAUGUAGAAUGACUAAAAGCAGUGGGAGAUAACUGUAAAUUAAAACCGUUCGAAACUAAAGAGAGAGUACGCAAUUUAGGUAUAGUUGAUUUUUCUAUUGUUAAAAUAUGUUUAUCAGAAGUGUUUAUUUGUUAUUAUUUGUUUUAAAUACUUUUUAUUCAGUUCAAAGUGGUGAUAACAUGCUAAAAGAAAAAAUGGAAAAAGAAGAAGUUAUACCAGAUGUUAUUGAUAAAGUGCCAGAAGAAGUUACUGAGGUAAUCUACCCUAGCGGUGCCAAAGUUAACUUAGGAAAUGAGUUAACACCGACGCAAGUUAAAGACGAACCUGUUGUAAAAUGGACGUCAGAUGAUAACGCAUUUUAUACUGUUGCUAUGGUCGAUCCUGAUGCACCUAGUAGAAAAGAACCGAAAGUUCGUGAAGUACUGCAUUGGUUAGUUGGAAAUGUACGAGGAAGUGACAUAAAAAGCGGUGACGUCAUUGCUGAAUAUAGAGGGUCUGGUCCUCCAUUGAACACUGGUUUACAUAGAUACAUAUUUUUGAUUUAUAAACAAAAUAAUAAGAUUGAAUUUAGUGAAAAACGGAUAGAUAAUAGGACAAGAGAAGGACGCCUCAACUUCUCUAUAAGAAAAUUCGCUGAAAAAUAUAAUUUAGGACAGCCUGUAGCUGGCAACUUCUACCAGGCUCAGUGGGAUGAAUACGUUCCAAUUUUACAAAGUUUAAGUAAACAAUAACUAUUUUGAUACGAAAUAAAUAUUUGAUUAUUA